AUGACGCGGAACUACUCGAAACUGUCACAGGCACUCAGGCCUCAAAUCCAUGUCCUCGGACUGGGAAGUAUCGGCACAUUCACGGCGCACGGUCUCAAGGAUAUUCCAACCCCCCCGAAAGUGACCCUCCUCCUCCAUCGCGAAUCGCUUUACGAAGAAUACAUCCGAUGCGGCGGGGGAAUAACCCUGCGCACACUCGACGGAGGCAUAACCAGACAUGACGGGUACGAUGUCGAAGUCUACAAGAGCGGAACAUGGACGUCUACAGCAGCACCAGAACCAGCAAUCGAAACAAUCAACAACCUGAUCGUAACCGUCAAAGCAACGCAGACAGUAUCUGCACUCGCCGCACUCAAGUCCCGCCUGACACGCUCCUCGACCAUCCUCUUCCUCCAAAAUGGCUGCGGCAUGAUCGACGAUGUAAACGAGCAACUCUUCCCAGACCCCUCGACGCGACCGAAUUAUAUCGUCGGUGUAAUUUCGCACGGCGUUACACUGGAUUCAGCAUUUAAUGCAACACAUACCGGUGCCGCUGCAAUUUCUCUAGGACGCGUUCCUACGCAAUCCAGCAGAGAUACCACAGAAGAAGAAGGAGGAGGAGGAUACAUGCUAACCGCCCUCCCCCGCUCCCCCCGCCUCGCCGCAACAUCCUACAACUACGCAGACGUAUUGCAAAUCCAGCUCGAAAAGCUCGCCGUGAACGCCUUCUGCAACCCGGUGUGCGCGUUGCACAACUCCAAAAACGCAAUCCUAUUCAACUUCCCAGACCUGCGGCGGGAAAUUCUCUCUGAGAUCUCGAAAAUCGUCCUCCAUCUGCCCGAACUCGCUGGUGUUCCUGGGGUUAAAGAGCGGUUUUGUGUUGAGAGGCUGGAAGAUACGGUGAAUGGGAUUUUGGACAGGACGAGGGAGACUGUUUGUUCGAUGGUUGGGGAUUUGAGGGCUGGGCGGGAGACGGAGGUGCGGUAUAUCAAUGGGUACUGGGUGAGGAGGGGGAGGGAGGUUGGGGUUUCUGUUGCUGUGAAUGAGGGAUUGAUGCGAGAUAUUGAACAGGUCAGUUUUAAAUAA